AUGUGUCUUGUAAGACAAGCCAACCUCCUAAAAGAAAUGGCCCUCCGAAUUCAUGGUCUUGAAAAGCUGCUCUAAUAAAUGUAUGUAUAUGAAAUAACUUCCUCAAUUAAUUGAGUAUAAUAAAUAAAUAAACUAUUACAAUAUUUUAUUCAGCUAGAAUAAUUUCUUCACAUUAUGUGAAUCACAUAUUAUUGUCAAGUCACAGAAAGAAAAAUGGUAUUGAAAAACUUCUUCUUAUUCGUUUCGGCAAUUCUAUCAUGAAAAAAGCUAAAAUGAACAUUUUUCUGGCCAUGCUAGUUAUAUCUGUGUUAGUAUUAUUCUUCUUCAAAAAUACCUCUGCAGCAGAUACUAUUACUCAAUCAGAUUCACUUUUCGAUGGAAGCACCUUGAUUUCUAAAGAUGAAACCUUCGAGUUGGGUUUCUUUACUCCCGGUAAUUCUCCGAAUCGCUAUAUUGGAAUUUGGUACAAAAACAUCCCUGUUAAAACCGUUGUUUGGGUUGCCAAUCGUGAUAACCCUGUCAAAGACAACGCAAGCAAGUUGAUCAUAAACAAACAAGGAAAUCUGGUUCUACUUAACCGCAAUCAGUCUCUUCUAUGGUCAACAAACACAACAAAGAAGACUUCAGCUCCUAUUGUCCAGCUUCUGGACAACGGAAAUUUAGUGGUUAGAGAUGAGAAGGACACUGAAACUGAUGAAGACAGUUUCUUAUGGCAGAGCUUUGAUUAUCCUACUGAUACGAUGUUGCCAGGAAUGAAGUUUGGAUGGAACAAGAAAACCGGUAUUAAUCGGCGUCUCACUGCAUGGAAAAACUGGGACGAUCCAUCUUCAGGUGAUUUUACUUCUUCGUUUGUCAGACUUGACAAAAAUCCUGAAAUACUGUUUUGGAAAGGCUCAACCGUGUUCUUCAGAACAGGACCGAUGAUCGGCGUUAUGUCGAGUGGUCUUAUGUCUAUGGGAAUAUUUGGGUUAAGGACUAACCCACUUUUUAACUACGAUUUUGUAAGCAAUCAAGAACAAGUUUAUUAUAUGUACACCCUUAAGAACAGUUCUGUGAUUUCCAUAAUUGUUUUGAAUCAAACGCUUUUGGCUCGUCAACGACUCACUUGGAUUCCUGAAUCCAAAAGAUGGAAUCUUUAUCAGAACCUUCCACAAGAUAGGUGUGAUGCUUAUAAUGUUUGUGGUGCCAAUGGAGUUUGUGUCAUUGGUGGAUCGCCGAUUUGUCAGUGUUUAGAUGGGUUCAAGCCGAGAUCACCUCAACGGUGGGAUGCAAUGGAUUGGACACAGGGUUGUGUAAGAAGUGGAAAUUGGACAUGUGGAGUUGGGAAUAGAGGCGGAUUUCGGAGACUUGUUGGAAUGAAGUUGCCGGAUACUACAAAUUAUUGGAUUGAUGAAAAUAUGACACUCGAUAAAUGCAAGAUCAAAUGUUUGGAAAAUUGUUCAUGCACAGCUUACUCAGGCUUAGGUGAAAAUAAUGGAGACAUUGGUUGUUCCAUUUGGUUUGAUGAUCUUAAAGAUUUGAGAGUUACAGAAUCUAACUUAGACUUAUAUGUUAGGACUGAUGUUUCAGAUAUCGAUGAUAAACACGGGCGUACCAAAAAGAUUAUCUUUGCAGUUUCAGCCAUUGUUUCAGCAGUUAUUGUGACACUGUUGGCAUUCUUCGUCUAUAGAACAAAGAUGAAGUAUAAAGUAAACAUUGAGUGGAAGGAAGACGACAGUGAUUGUGAACAUGAAGAUUUAGAGAUUCCUUUCUUUGAUCUUGCUACAAUCCUAAAUGCCACAAAUAAUUUCUCAAUUGACAACAAACUCGGCGAAGGGGGUUUUGGACCAGUAUAUAAGGGAAAAUUGGUUGAUGGCCAAGAAGUUGCAGUUAAACGACUGUCUAUGAGUUCUGGACAAGGAAUAAAAGAAUUUAAAAAUGAAGUUAAAUUAUGUGCUAAACUUCAACAUCGAAAUCUUGUCAAAGUUGUUGGUUGUUGCAUUGAAAAAGAUGAGAAAAUGCUAGUCUAUGAAUACAUGUCAAACACAAGCCUUGAUUCAUUCAUUUUUGAUCCAACUCAAAGUAAAUCAUUAAAUUGGCCUUUGCGUUUUAACAUCUUAUAUGGAAUUGCACGAGGUCUUCUUUAUUUACAUCAAGAUUCAAGAUUAAGAAUCAUACAUAGAGAUUUGAAGGCAAGUAAUAUUUUACUAGACAAAGACAUGAAUCCAAAAAUUUCAGAUUUUGGUUUGGCUAAAAUGUGUGGAGGUGACCAAAUUGAAGGAAAAACAAAUCGAAUAAUUGGUACAUACGGUUAUAUGGCUCCUGAAUAUGCCAUUGACGGGUUAUUCUCUGUUAAAUCAGAUGUAUUUAGUUUUGGUGUAUUAUUAUUAGAACUUAUAAGUGGAAUGAAAAAUAGAACGCAUACCUUCCAUCAAAGUGAUCACAAUCUUAUUGGACAUGCAUGGAGAUUGUGGAAAGAGGGAACUAUACACACAAUGAUUGAUGAAAAUUUGAAGGACACAUGUAUUAUAUAUGAAGCUUUGCGGUGCAUUCAAAUAGGUCUUUUAUGUAUACAACAUCAUCCAAAUGAUCGACCAGAUAUGACAUCUGUGCUUCUGAUGUUGAAAAGUAGCAAUACUUUACCUCAACCAGAAGAGCCAAGUUACUUAUUUAAAAUAAAAUCAUUAGAAAGAGAACUUUUUUCUUAUAAAAGAGUAUCAUCAUCUUCAAUAAAUCAAGUAACUAUCUCAUUAUUAGAUGCUAGGUAGAGAAAUUUUAGUUUACCUUUGACCAUUAACUAUUGUAGUUGUUUGUAGUGAAAUGCAUUUUAUUAUUGUAAAUCCUAUACUUUCUUACUCGAGAAAUACUUAACAUGUUUUGUAAGUCCUCCUAAACCUUUAUGUGUAGAUAGAAAUUAAUUCAUAUUUUAAGGAUUAAACUUUGUAGAAAUUAAAUUUUUUAAAUAAUGAUCAAGAAGUUAGUUAAACUGUCUGGUACAUUACUUCGUAUUAUGGUUCCUUGACGUGUAAGUAAAAAAUUGAUUAAAACAUAAUAGGCUAGCUACGGAGAUACAAUACAUAAUAUCAUGUUAAUGCAAGGAAAUCAUUCCAUCAUUUUACGUUACAAGUUCAGUUUAGGUAUGAACUUCUUAAAUACUAAUAUGGUAUUGUAGGGUUGGUUGAAAGUAUACAUGUUUGAAGAAGUCUCACAUCGCUUAGUUUUGUGAAGAAAGAGGGAGUCCAAGGCUAUAUAUAGGAUUAAAAGUUCUUAAGUCCCACAUCGCUUAGUGAAA